AUGUCGAUUGAAGAAAAAUUCAUUAACACCAUCAGACUUCUUGCAGUCGACGAGGUGUCGAAGGCCAAUUCUGGUCACCCUGGUGCUCCCCUUGGCUUGGCACCUACUGCUCAUGUUAUCUUCAAGAACAUGAAGUUCAACCCCAAGGAGCCCAAUUGGCCCAACAGAGACAGAUUUGUCUUGUCCAAUGGCCAUGCCUGUGCUCUUUUGUACGCUAUGUUGUGCCUUUACGGAUACAAGACUACCGUUGAUGACUUGAAGCAGUUCAGACAAGUCAAUUCGAAGACCCCUGGUCACCCUGAAGCCGACAUUGACGGUGUUGAAGUUACUACCGGUCCUUUGGGUCAAGGUAUUUCUAAUGCUGUUGGGUUGGCUAUUGCCCAAAAGCAAUUUGCUGCCAGAUUCAACACCGACAAAUACACCGUUUCCGACAACUACACCUACUGUAUCUUGGGUGACGGUUGCUUGAUGGAAGGUGUCUCCUCGGAAGCUUCCUCUCUUGCUGGUCACUUGCAAUUGGACAACUUGAUUGCUUUCUGGGAUGACAACCACAUCACCAUUGAUGGUGACACCAACGUCGCUUUCACCGAAAACGUCCUUGAAAGAUACAAGGCCUACGGCUGGAAUGUCUUGCACGUGGCCAAUGGUGACGACGACAUUGACGCCAUUCAAAAAGCCAUUGAUGAAGCCAAGCAAACCAAGGGUAAGCCCACCUUGAUUAAGGUUACCACUGUCAUUGGUUACGGGUCGUUGCUUCAAGGCACUCACGGUGUCCACGGUGCUCCCCUUAAGGCCGAUGAUGUUGCCCAACUCAAGAAGAAGUUUGGUUUCGACCCCGAACAAUCGUUCGUCAUUCCCGCCGAAGUCGAAGAGUUUGCUGCCAAGCACGUCACCAAAAACUUGAAGGUUUACAAUGACUGGAUCAACCUUGUCAAGAACUACGUUGCUGAAGAAAAGCAAGGUGCCGAACUUCAAAGAAGAAUUGAUGGCAAGUUGCCUGCCGACUGGACCAAGGCUUUGCCCACUUACACUAGCUCGGACAAGGCUUUGGCCACCAGAAAGCUUUCGGAAAUGGUCCUUGACAACAUUACCGCUGAACUCCCUGAGCUCAUUGGUGGCUCUGCUGAUUUGACCGGUUCCAACUUGACCAAGGCUAAGGGCACUAUUGACUUCCAACCUCCUUCCACUGGUCUCGGCGACUACGAUGGUGUCUACAUCAGAUAUGGUGUCAGAGAACACGGUAUGGGUGCCAUCAUGAACGGUAUUCACGCCUUUGGGGCCGGUUACAAGGCCUUUGGUGGUACCUUCCUUAACUUCGUUUCUUACGCCUCCGGUGCCGUGAGAUUGUCGGCUCUCUCCGAAUUCCCCGUCAUUUGGGUUGCCACCCACGACUCCAUUGGUUUGGGUGAAGAUGGCCCUACUCACCAGCCUAUCGAAACCUUGGCUCACUUCAGAGCUACUCCCAACUUGAUGGUGUGGAGACCCGCCGACGGUAAUGAAGUCUCGGCUGCUUACCAAGCGGCGAUUGAAUCGACCCACACUCCUUCGAUCAUCGCUUUGACUAGACAAAACUUGCCCCAAUUGGAACACUCUUCUAUUGAGAAUGCUUUGAAGGGCGGUUAUGUUGUGUACCCUGUCGAGAACCCGGACUUGAUCAUUGUCUCUUCUGGUUCUGAAGUGUCUUUGUCGAUUGACACUGCUAAGAAGAUGGCUGGUGAAGGUUACAAGGUCAGAGUUGUUUCUAUGGCUGAAUUCCUCACCUUCGACAAGCAACCCGAAGACUACAAGUUGUCUGUUUUGCCCGACGGCGUUCCCAUCAUGUCGCUCGAAGUCAUGUCUACUUUCGGCUGGUCUAAGUACUCGCAUGAACAAUUCGGUUUGAACACCUUCGGUGCUUCGGGUAAGGGUCCCGACGUGUACAAGAAGUUUGGCUUCACCGUCGAUGGUGUGUCCGACAAGGCUGCUAAAGUAAUUGAAUUCUACCAAGGCAAGCAAUUGGUGUCGCCUUUGAAGAGAGCCUUCAACUAA